GACACGGCGUGCAAUAGCCAUUUACCCAUUGAUCAUAUGUCCUCAUCAUCCUUAUCGACAUCACGUAUACCACACUGCUGCUUGCACAUGCCGCAUGAAUCAGUGCAAAUACUUUCAGCAUAUAGCCUUCGACGUUAUUCUCUUUUUUCUAUACUUUUUUUGCAAUGUGUAAAAUUAAAUUAGCUAAAAUUUGAAUCGUAGUGUGCCAGCAGUUGAAGAUAUUUUCACCCAUGAGUGAAACAAUAUAUUCAAAGCACAUGAGCAAAAAAACACGGCACAAAUAAUUCCGUUCCAUGCAGACGCGCGUCGACCGAAGAUUGAAAUUUUCCAUUGUUUACAUUUUAAAUCAAAUGUACAAGUUAAUCAAAAAGAGAGAGAGAGAGAGAGAGAGAGAGAGAGAGAGAGAGAGAGAGAGAGAGAGAGUGAGAAACGUCCAUCAGUUUUUUUUACUCUGUCCUAAUUGACACUAAAUUGUUAAGAAAGCAAGGAAAAAAACUCAAUCUUAAAUUUAAAUUGUGCGGAUUCGUCGUGAUUUAAAUUAAAUACACAGUGCAGGCGUUAAGCCACUUAGUUUGUUCUACAUUCGCAAUCGCAAAUGCAUUUAUUUUAAACUAAUGCUGAAUCAUUGCCAAAGAAAAGCUUUGAACAUGUUCAAUCAUCCAAUGAGCAACUUGUGUUAUCACAAAGGAUUGGAAACCUUCGAUUCCUGUGCAUUGCAAAUAUAUGCUAAAUUUGGCAUGUUAUAAGACACUCAAUUCAAAAAGGAAUCAAAUGCAAAUAUCUGUUAACUUGAAGCGAUGCGACGCAUGUAUCAUUUCAUAAUUUGAAAAUUGUCGAUCGACUUUUUUUUCGACGUGUUUUCUUUCGUGUUUCUACGCUAAGCAAUGACCACUGGUGUGUUCCUUCGCAGUCAGCCAAUCGUAGCAUGUUAUAAACGAUCUUUGGUGCUAAAAACAUCUGAAAAGAUUUUAAUUAGCACUCCAUGGGUUCGAUCUAAGUGGUUGUUCUUCAUAUAAAUAGCUGCGAUCGAUAGAAAAUCCAUUUCAUACCAAAACUCGUGCUCUCGACGAUUACACCAGCCACGAAUAUUACCAACGGAAUAAGUGUCAAAUUGGAAUACUUGAAAAUUACCCAACUAAUAAGCCAUCGCUGCUGCUGCCGCCGCCACUGCUGCAAUGAAUUCAGUUUUGAUUAUAUUUAGUGUAAUUGUACUAGCGAAUGCAAAACCAUCCGAUUACAAUGAUCAGUUUGGCGAUGCAAGCACGAGUGUGAGUGGUGAAAGUGACGAACAAUCCAGUAUACCAGACACAUAUCCCGUUUCAGUUUACACAAAGUAUCCCGAUGAUCCAAAUGAUAGUUAUAAGGUGUCCGAUGAAGACGAAUUACCUCCACUAGAGGAAACAGAAGAAGCAAGAGUCCGACGGCAAACAACGGAUUGUAAUGGGACCGAUCCAUCGAUAGAUGUAAAUAAACAACUGGGCCUAACAGAUGAUGUGAAACGGCCGGAGCGAAAAAUCGAGGAUCAAUCCAAAAUACCAUUGCGUGGAUUCAUCAGUGCUAUUGAAUCGGAUUUAUUUUCGAGAGCACUCAAUGUGAAUUCAAAAUUACGUCGAAGACGAUCAACUGAACGAAUUGUGGACGACGAUGACGUUGGCGACAACGACGAUGAUGAUGAUAGUAAGGAAAUCAAAAACAACAACAAUGUCACCGAUGAUUCCGUGGAUGUGAACAAAAACUUUUUCGAGGGUUUAUUCAAUUACACACGGCCGUUGCGAGAAACUGAAGAGAAAGACGUGAGAAUCCCCUUAAAUGGUCUAGUGAGUGCCGUCGAAACGUCGUUGGUUAACGCCGCGCUAAAUCUAAAAGAUGCAAAACAUUCAAAGCGUGAAGCAUCCAACGGAGAAAAUCCGGAAUCAAGCACCGAAGAACCGAAUGAAUCGCAUCGCAUUUAUCGUGACACUACCGACGAUCAGGAGCCUAAGAAGGAACCCGAAAUUAAAGUGGCUAAACUUGACGCUACAAGUAGCGUGGACUUGCAUUUAUUGAAUCCGAUUGCAUUGAAAGCAGUGACCGUGACCACAGAGGAGCCCAACCAGAGCGGCGAAGAAGGAAUUUCCACCACCGAAAAUCCAAUUCAAAGCACGAAUUUAACUGUAAUUCAAGCAAGCAACAAAGUGAGUUUAGUUCCCGGCGCUGAUAAAAAACUAGCACAUGUUCAACAUCAAAAAAUAUCCAAGACCGUAUUCCAAUCGAGUCUGGCGAUAUUCCCAACCAUUCCACCGAGUUCCAUAAACGCUCCAUUGCCACACUUCACAACAACCGAAGAGCCAAUCGAAACAACAGUCGCACCCAAAACAGAUACGUCGUCAUCGACCACCGUUAAAAGUGAACAACAACAGAAGCAUGAUCAAUUGUUGCAGAAAGCACAAAAGCUUAAAGAGAAAUUUGCCGAAAUUGCAGCCGAACCAGUCAUAUUGAGCCAAUUCUAAAUUGAUAAACAGAUAAAGAAACAGAACAAAAACCGUGGCCGCAACAUGACCUAUUACAAUAGAGACUGUUUUUUUUAGUACCGAUCGAUAAAAAAAAUGUAUGUAUCUCGAGAAUUUCAAUUGUUAGUUGUUUUUUUCUCUCGUUUCGAUUUUAUAUAUAAACAUAUAUGUAUCUUUCUUUUAUAACGGUUAAUAUUUAACAUUUUUAUAUUGCCAUCUAUAUGUUUCAGUUUGUAUUUCUAUUUUCUAUCUAAUAUCGCUUGAAAUGAUCGAUUUGAUCAUAAAUUCUUGUUCGUAAAGUAUUGUGAUAAUCCUGAUGCGACACUUAAAAAAAACAACAACAAAUAAAACCAUUUCAAUGUUACUAUAGAAU